AAAAAGGGACUUCUGAGUAAAUGAGUGUUGUUAGACUCUGACCUGCUUGGAGCCAUGCGGGUGAUGCUGUUGGCUGUGCUUUAUGUCCCAUUAACCCUGGCCCUGGAACGAAUCCCCCUCAUUCGAUUCAAAUCUAUCAAGAAACAGCUGAAAGAAAAGGGAGAAUUAGAGGAGUUUUGGAGGAAUCACCACCCUGACAUUUUUGCUCGGAGGUACCUUCAUUGCUUCCCUGCAGAUAUUGCUUUAUCAGUUGGAACUGCUUCAGAAAGGCUGUAUGAUUACAUGAAUGCACAGUACUAUGGAGUUGUGAGUGUCGGCACACCGCCCCAGAAGUUCACCGUCGUGUUUGACACCGGCUCCUCCAACUUUUGGGUCCCUUCUGCUUAUUGCAUCAGCGAAGCGUGCAGGGUGCACCAGAAAUUUAAGUCCUUUCUGUCAGAUUCAUAUGAGCAUGGUGGGGAAGCGUUCUCCUUGCAGUAUGGCACGGGACAGCUUCUGGGCAUUGCUGGCAAAGACACACUGCAGAUCAGUAACAUCUCCAUCAAGGGCCAGGACUUUGGCGAGUCGGUGUUUGAGCCAGGAACAACCUUCGCCCUUGCCCAUUUUGAUGGUGUGCUGGGCUUGGGAUACCCCUCCUUGAUAGUAGGCAAUGCUCUGCCCGUGUUUGACAGCAUCAUGAACCAGCAGCUGGUAGAGGAGCCGGUCUUCUCUUUCUAUCUGAAAAGAGGAGACGACACCGAGAAUGGUGGUGAGUUGAUUCUGGGGGGGAUAGACCAUUCUCUCUACAAAGGUUCAAUCCACUGGGUUCCAGUCACCGAGAAAAGCUAUUGGCAAAUACACGUGAACAAUAUAAAGAUCCAGGGCCGGGUGGCAUUUUGCUCCCACGGCUGUGAAGCCAUCGUUGACUCAGGCACUUCUCUUAUCACGGGCCCCUCUUCACAAAUCAGGCGAUUACAGGAGUAUAUUGGGGCAAGUCCAUCACGUACUGGAGAGUUUCUUGUAGACUGCAGAAGACUGUCCAGUUUGCCUCACAUAAGCUUCACGAUUGGACACCAUGAGUACAAGCUGACAGCAGAGCAGUACAUCAUAAAGGAGUCUAUUGAAGACCAAACCUUCUGCAUGAGCGGCUUUCAGUCUCUUGACAUCCCGACUCGCAAUGGUCUGCUCUGGAUUUUAGGAGACGUCUUUAUGUCUGCGUUUUACUGCAUUUUUGACCGUGGGAAUGACAGAGUGGGAUUUGCAAAAGCUGCUCAUAGGAAGGAUUACGACUGAGUCCUAAUAGCGUUUAUUCUGCCUUAACCUAAAUGUUAAUGUAAUGAUCUUCAACACAAGCGUGAAGAAGGGCUUUAACUGAAACUCUGGACCUAAAUGCAGUUGUGCUGUCCCCCACCAGGUUUUAAGGGCUUUGAUGUGAUACUUGUCCCAAAUUACACAGCUUGGUUCAAUCUCCGUGUGUUUACAUCUCAGAAACUAUUUUUCCUAAACAACUGACGGACAUCACAGCUCUCAGGGUGAAGUGCAAACAGCUCAGCACUCAGGUCUGCAAAAGAGCAGGAAGGAUAAAAUAGGCUGAACAGUGCCAGGCUGACAAGAUAGCAGUUAUGAGCAGGGGAAACUAACCCCAGUCUGGGCUGCUCUGGGUAUUCUUUUUUAUUCUUGUGUGCUAGUUUCUCACUGCUUUCCUUUUCCUCAUUAUUUUCCAUGGCUAGUCCUUUGUCCAUCCUUGUUUCCUUAGUACCAUGGAAAUUCUUUUUAUACUGGCUUGCUCCAACCAGUUUAUAUAAAGGGGAAUUUGACUGAUGUCUGUAUGACCACUAAUGUGCACUACUGUUACUUGCACACCAUUUCCUCCUCCUUAUGCCAUCUCUCAAAUUUGCUUUUUCCCUUGGGUUCAUUCUCACUUGUCACUUUCCUAUUCCUCUUUUGGGUCUCAGCAUUCAAUGCCUAUUUCUUAGGUCAGAUGCUGCUUUUAGUGGCUGACACCUCUGUCCCUUGGCGGUGUGGGCAGCUGGGAGCAGCAUCUAUAUGCGUUACUAAACCCAGACCACAACCCUUGCAAUGGGAGGUACAAAGGGGUACCGAUGCAUCCUCCCCACCUCAGAUGAGUUACAGGAUCAAUGCACCAGCACUGGACAUUUACUGUCUCUUGCUCAGCCACUUCUUGUCACCAGUGGCAGCUGCUUCAGCACUGGAAGAGGUGUGAAACAGCCAUAGGUAGCUGUGCUCAUUUGGCAAAAGAAGAUUUACCUAAAUUACACCCGUAGGAGUAUGUGGAUUGUUAGAAGAGAUACUGCCCCUGUACAUGUGAAUAAAACUUAACCAAACAAAA